AUGUACUCGAGUAGAAUUCUUUUAAUAUUUACAAAAAAAUAUAACAAUUCAUUUCGGAACUUAAUAAAGCAAUACCGAAAUUUGUACUCCUAUCAUGUAAAAAAAACUUAUUUUCCCUCUUCGUUAGUCUUCACGAACGCAUCACGCUACUCGAGUGAUAGCCCAUUAAAAUGUUGGAAUUGUAAUUUUAUAUACAAAUCCGCACUAUUUUGUUCAAAAUGUAAAACAUUGCAAGAACCGCCCGAAAGUUUAACUUACUUCGAUAUAAUGGGUAUUCCUAAAAGUUAUGACAUAAUAAUUGUUGAUAUCCAAACUAAAUACAAAGAACUUCAAAAGUUAUUUCACCCUGAUAAGUUUGGUAACAAAUCUGAAAAAGAAAAGCAACUGUCCCAAAACAUAUCAUCACUAGUAAAUAGAGCCUAUAAUACUUUGUUAAAUCCUUUACAAAGAGGACUGUACAUAUUAGAAUUAAAUAACAUAACAAUAUCUGAAGGAACAGACAAUAUGGAUCCAGAAUUUCUAAUGGAAAUAAUGGAGAAAAAUGAAGAAAUAGAAGUUGCAUUGAAUGAUCAUACAAAGAUACAAAAAUUAACAAAAGAAAAUAAAGAAAUAUUGAACAGUUUAACAAUGGAAAUUGCUGAGGCAUUUCGAAAACAAGAUAUUAAGAAGGCAGAAACUCAUCUUAUAAGAAUGAAAUACUACAAUAGUAUUAACAAUAGAUUGAAAAAACUGAAACACGAUUUAGGUAUAGUAGAAUGA